AUGAAUUGGAACUCAUCACAUUCACCAGCUGUUUCAGACUUAACAAAAUCUGCAGAAUUUACCCUAACAGACGACUCUAAAGAUGAUUAUCAGUAUGAAGAGGUUCCAGAAGAUGAUGAAUUUAGUCUUCAGGAAGAUGAUGAGGAUCUGACGAAGGCUUUGCAGACUAUUCAAGAGCAGGCUGAAGAUGCCCAAAUUUUAGCUUUGCAAUCAGUUCUGACUUCUGAGAAAUCAGUGUCUGAAACACCUGAAACGAUGGAUGACUUCUUCUGCAAUUUCCUGGUCAGAUUGGGAAUGUCCAGAACCCUUGACUGCUUCCAAACUGAAUGGUAUGAAUUCAUAGAGAGAGGUGUGUUCACAGUCAAAGAUGCUGGAUUGGUUCCCGCUGCGUACACCUGCAACCAGCAACUUGAAGCUGAGAAUAUGCGUUUGAGGAAAGAUUUGGAAAACUAUAAACUUGCUGCAAACAAAGCAAAAGAGGCUUUCCUAAAAAUGCAGAAAGAACGUAAUUUCCAUCGAAUGCAUCAUAAGCGAGUGAUCCAGGAGAAAAACAGGCUUAUUUGUGACAUUAAAAGGCUGAAAGCACAUUAUGCAUCGUAUGAACCAGUGCUGAAGCAGUUGACUGAAAAAUACCAGACUACACUGAGACAGAAGAUGUUAACUAGUUUGGAGAGAGACAAAGCAGUUGGGCAGGUUACAGGUUUGCAAGACACAUUACAAAAUUUAGAGUCUGGACGUGCUGUUCGGAUUCCUGCAACAAAAGCAGGCCACGAAUGUCAGAGGAAGAAAGGGUUGGAAGGUCCCACUCAGAAAGCUCUUCAGGCAGCCAGGCAGCAAAGACUCCUUGAUGCUGAAAGCUCUUCAUAUGAUCCAGUCAAAGAUGCAAAGAAGAUAGGCAAGAGAUAUCCGAAGGACUCAGAGUUCCCUGUUGAUCAUCAAAUGAACCAGUACUUUGGCCAUGCUAAAGAAAAUCCUCAACCCCUGAAACCUGGAGAGUCUAAACCGAGCAACAUUUUAAAAGUGCGUGACUUCGCAGUGAGCUGCUUGGCUUUACAUCCGAAAAAAGACAUUGUAGUCACUGGCAGCGAUGACCGCCUCUGGAAAAUGUGGGCUUUACCUGAUGGGAACAUCACUGUGACAGGUGAAGGUCACACUGAUUGGCUUUCGGGCUGCUGCUUCCGUCCAAGUGAAACCCAACUGGUCACUUCAAGUGGGGAUACACCGGUUGGACAUGGCCAUGCUGCAUGGAUCUGCUCAUGGCAUUCAGGUGGUGAUUUCGUGGCUUCUGCUUCCAAGGAUGGCACAAGUAAAAUAUGGGAUCUUAACAGUAAAAAGAUAAGAAUCACAACAUGUGGCCAUAUAGAUUCAGUUAAUAGCAUUGAGUUUCUUCCGUUGUCCAGCACUGUCCUCAUUAGCUCUGCUGACAAGACUUUAUAUCUCUGGGAUGCUAGAAUGGGUCUCCAUGUUUGCGCAUUCUCUGGCCACCUGCAUCCCUGUAAUCACGCUACAUUCAACAUGAAGGGUGAUACCAUUGCUUCCUGCGGCUCCUCCGGCGCGAUGAAGCUCUGGGACAUUUGGAAGUCGCUCCCCAUUUUAUCUGUAGAUGCAGGCCCACAUUCUGCCAACCAGAUCAUCUUUGAUCGCUCUGAACUUCAUUGUGUUGACAGGAUUGCUUACUAUGCACAAAGAAUUGAAGUAAUCAGUUAUUUUUCAUCAUCAACCGUGUAUUACCAUGUCAGCAAUAUUGUGAGGGAAUGUGCGUUUUCAGUUGAAGAGGGGCCGUUGUAA